AUGCAAUACAACGAAAUACCAGUCAUCAACGACAAGCCAAUUCCUGAAGAGGAUGAGCUUGUACGUAAGCAGCUAAAGGAGUUGGGGCAACCUGUAUUCAUCAAUGGGGAAGAUGAUCAUGAUCGACGAGAAAGAUUAGCCAAUUUAGUUAAUGGAGGUGCCUUGCAAUCAGACGAUGCACAAAGCGAAGAUGAAGAGAAAGAAGAGGAAGAGGAGGAAGAGGUAUUCUAUACACCGGGAUCAGCAGAACUAUAUGAUGUGAGAUGUCAGAUUCUCGAUCAAUCUUUGGUCAAAGCAUCACAACGGAUCCAACAACAAAGACAAGUGCUACAAAAUAACCCUGAGUUUACUACAUUUUUAAAGAAAAGGCGAACGAUAAAUUCAAAGUUAGCUGACAUUGAACUAUACGGAUCCCAGGUUAUCCACGGAAAUACAAGAGCCAUAUCCAGCGUGAGGUACUCUUCAAGUGGAGACUUAAUUGCAUGUGGAACAUGGAAUGGAUCAGUACAUGUCUUAAACUCAAACGACUUGAAUCCCGCUGUAAAGUUGCUAAAUGGACAACACACAGAAAAAGUUGGCAGUGCAGAUUGGCAGGUAAAUGAUACUACUUUAAUCACAGGAGGGAGCGAGGGCAGCAUCAAUGUGUGGAAUAUUACAGAUUCGGACGAGAUAAUUAAACCUGAACUUUCAAUCAAAGAGGCACAUUUGAAUAGAAUAACCAACACUUUAUUUCAUCCGAUUAAUAACUUUGCAAUCUCAACUUCAUUUGAUCAAACAUGGAAGUUGUGGGAUAUAAAGAAAGAGGCUGAGUUAUAUCAACAAGAGGGUCACUCGAAGGAAGUAUACAGUGGUGCAGUCCAUCCAGAUGGGUCCCUUUUUCUUUCAGGCGGAUUGGAUGGUAUUAUUUACGUUUGGGAUUUGAGAUCGGGAAGGGCACUCAUGCCGCUUCAAAAGCAUAUACAGGGAGUUUACAGUCUCGAUUGGUCUCCAAAUGGAUAUCAUUUUGCUAGUGGAUCUGGGGAUUGUUCGGUGAAAAUUUGGGAUAUGCGGAAAUUAGACCAUUCUGGUGAUGAGAUAUUUUCAAUACCGGCGCAUACAAAACUAGUUAGCGAUGUGAGGUUUCAUUGUGGUAAGGUCGGGGUAAAUGAGGAUGGAAAUGGCGUCAUUGGCUCGUUUUUGGUUAGUAGCUCUUACGACGGGAGCGUAAAGGUCUGGUCGGCAGAUAAUUGGAUUUUAGUUAAUACAUUGAAAGGGCAUAAUGAGAAGGUGAUGAGCUGUGAUGUUACUAGUGAUGAAAAUAGUGGAGUCAGAGUUGUAAGUAGUGGCUGGGACCGCACAGUGAAGCUAUGGCAAUAG